CACCACUACGCGAUUCAGUACAUCAAUCGGCACAGGCAGCAGAGCUGUAAGCUCUGUGAUGCCUAGCCGACUGGGAUAUAUGAGCACACUUGGGGUUUUCCAUGAUUUAUUAUCUUGAUAGCUGCCAUGGAAACUUCACCUUCGCGCAAAAGACUGGAUCUGCCACGAAGAUCUAAUAGGCUAAAAGUUAAGUGCCAUAAUAAGGGCUCCAACUACGGCAGAUGUCAAACAACCGCGCACAUGUCACUGCUCUCACCACACAAGUCGAAUCUUAUGGGACCCAGCAAAUCUCCCAAGGAACCUAAGUCUGCUAUAUUCGAACUUCCGCCCAAUCUCAAGGCCGAUGACGUCGACCUUAGCCCUUUGGAUCUGAAAAUUCUCCUUAAGAAGCAAGAUUGGCUUCGUAAAAACAGUGUAGCAUUGCCAGACCAACAUGCUUCGACUAAGAAGAUUGCUGAAGCAACUUUGGUAUUUGGUCAAGAGGAGGCAGGCACAGCAGUGUGUAUCUCGGAGAAAGGCAUACUCCUCACGUGUUCACAUUGCGUAGCUGAGACAGAAAGCGAGCUCGAACUGGAAAGGCUUCACUAUAUGCUCUUUGCCUCUGGUCAAAUAAUACAAGCAAAGUGUAUCGCAUGGGAUGCCAGACGCGAUCUAGCCUUAUUAAAAAUCGUGGCUGCCCAAGCACCGCACGACUCUUCGUUCCCUGCUGCGCAGGUCUCCUCACAGGAGCCGAAAAUCAGACAGCGGAUUCUAUGCGUCGGUCAUCCGGGGAGCACCGACUUAGAAGCAUCCCUCCCAGGCCUCAAGACAAACUACGACACGCUCUACGUGAGCACCGGAAACUUUCAUGGCUAUGCCCAAGGGCAGAACUUACACGAUAAUUUCGAGAUCGGGGCGCUACAGCACGAUUGCUGGACGUACUGGGGCCACAGUGGUGCACCGCUUGCUCAUCGCAAGACGGGUAAGUUGGUAGGCCUGCACUCGUCUUGGGAUGAGACUACUGGCAUGAGGAGAGGCAUUCCUCUAGACGCAAUACACGCGUUCAUGGAAGAGAAUAGUCAUUAUUUGAGUUGA